UCCAGUGCGUAAAAGCGAGUAAGGCGUCUCAGAGAGGAGUUACCGGGAUGAAAACGAAAAACUGCUUUUUGCGAUUUUGCUGAAUUUUACAAGGGGAUUAUCCACGGUUCUGUUGCCUGCCUGCUUGCCUGCCAAUUUGGGUCACCUGCUUAGCUCCAAGGCGAUUUUAUUAGGCUCCACAUUCCUGCCCAGUGUUGAAUUAAUCUUUACCCUUCAUGUCGCAUUGGAAUAAUUUCAUCUAUCAUGGAUUUGAUUUUCUUUUACAAAGUCACCGUUGAGGCUCGGUUAGACAUCCUAUAGAUUCGGACACUGUAAAUCGAACUCACCCAUAUAGCGCAACAUCAGGAGGGGAACAUGGCCAAAAAUGCCCCGGGCGGACCGUUGCGGGAUGACUUGAGCAAGCUCUCCGGCGAGGAGCUCUCUAGGCUCGGCAAAGACGAGCUGAUCAGGAGGCUACGGAAAACGGAUAACGAGAAAAUGUACUUAAUGGUGGAGCACGGGAACAUGAUGAAAGAUGUGAACCGGAGACUACAGGUCCAUCUCCACGAGAUCCGCAGCCUCAAAGAGAUCAACCAGAAGCUUCAGGAUGAUAACCACGAGCUCCGGGAGCUCUGCUGUUUCCUGGACGACGACCGACAGAAGGGCAAGAAGCUGUCCCGGGAGUGGCAACGCUUCGGCCGCUACACCGCCGGAUCGAUGUGGAAGGAUUUCGGGGUGUACCAUCAGAAGCUGAAGGAUCUGGAAGCCAACCAGGACUCUGUGAUGCGGGAGAACCUGGAACUGAAAGAGAUCAUUCUGAUGCUGGAUGAGGAGAGGAACGGAGCCGGGUCACGGAGCUCUAUAGAUUCCCAGUCCAGCCUGACCAACCUGAACGGGGGCACGGGAACCGUUAGGGACGUCGGGGACGGGAGCAGUACCUCCAGCACCGGCAGCGCCGGUAGUCCUGACCACCACAACAACCACAUACACAAGCCAAACGAGGGGAAAAUAGCAUCCCUGCGGAGGUCUAUGGACGACCUAUCGCUGGCGUCACACAUCCACCUGCGCAUCCCUAAUGGACUGAAUGAUCCAUCUUCAAACUACAUGAGACAACUGGAGACCAAGGUCAGCAUCCUGGAGGAUGACAACAAGCAGCUGCUAUCACAGGGCUCCGGUAGGACCCCUAGUGGUGAGCCAUCCCCCCCAGCAGACUACCUCCCUGUGGGCCAGAAGCCCGAGGCUGUGGUCCAUGCCAUGAAGGUGUUCGAGGUCCAUGAGAAUCUAGAGAAGAAGAUCCCUGAAGACUACGACAAGGACCUCAGUGAAAAGGAGAAGGCCAUCGUCAGGGAGAUGUGUAACGUGGUGUGGCGUAAACUGGGUGACGCUGCGGGCUCCAAGCCUUCAAUCCGCCAGCAUCUCUCUGGGAACCAGUUCAAAGGGCCUUUGUAGUCCCUAGGACGACAUUAACCAGCACUCAAACGAGACAAACGGACAGACAGAUAAAUAAACAACUACAACAACAAUGGAUCCUCAGCACUGACUGGACAAAGGGGCACAUCUCAAUUGACCCUCUCCUACUCUCUCAGCACUGUGACCGUGGCUAGAUGAUCCAGACAAACCCUAACCUAAACCCAGCCCACUGCCUCUGCAUCUGUGAUAUCCAUCUUUAGCCUCCCUUAACCUCAAGCCCUGGUGGAUAUUGGAUUGGUGACCUGACCUGGGUAGUGGCUACAGACAAUUUCAGAUUAGGGCAAAACAGAUCGUGGCGACGAACGGUUCGAAACAGCGGGUGGCCGUCCUAUCGCCUCCACAGCAAACAGAACAUCUGCCUUCAUUUUCUGUUCAAUGCCUGACUAUUCGUCAUGUUGAAUCGCCACCGUCAGUUGACAGUUAUGGUGUGUUUUUAAAGAAGAGGAAGAUGAGUGGAGGAUAGGGGCAUGAGGCAUGCAUUACCAACUAAACUGCCCCUUACAACCUCACAACCAGUCACUACAGUACUGAGCUACUAUACCUGUGACCUGUUCUACAGUACUACACCUGACAGUACCAACCAGUCACUACAGUACUGAGUUACUAUACCUGUGACCUGUUCUACAGUACUACACCUGACAGUCCCAACCAGUCACUACAGUACUGAGCUACUAUACCUGUGACCUGUUCUACAGUACUACACCUGACAGUCCCAACCAGUCACUACAGUACUGAGUUACUAUACCUGUGACCUGUUCUACAGUACUACACCUGACAGUCCCAACCAGUCACUACAGUACUGAGCUACUAUACCUGUGACCUGUUCUACAGUACUACACCUGACAGUCCCAACCAGUCACUACAGUACUGAGUUACUAUACCUGUGACCUGUUCUACAGUACUACACCUGACAGUCCCAACCAGUCACUACAGUACUGAGUUACUAUACCUGUGACCUGUUCUACAGUACUACACCUGACAGUCCCAACCAGUCACUACAGUACUGAGUUACUAUACCUGUGACCUGUUCUACAGUACUACACCUGACAGUACCAACCAGUCACUACAGUACUGAGUUACUAUACCUGUGACCUGUUCUACAGUACUACACCUGACAGUCCGAAACCAGUCACUACAGUACUGAGCUACUAUACCUGUGACCUGUUCUACAGUACUACACCUGAAAGUCCCAACCAGUCACUACAGUACUGAGCUAGAGUACUACACCAUCUCCACCCAACGUCUCUUUUUGUGUUUGUAAAUGUUCACCUACCAAGUGUUCAAGACGGACAACCACUCUAGGACGGACUAUUCUACUACAGGCCCUGUUCUGUUCUUGACUUUGCUUCCAUGACAUCUCCACAGGCAACUGACUGACAACUGCUGACAACCUACUUUUAAUAUGAGGAGAAAUCCUGGAAAUGUUCUGAUGUAAUAUCCUUCGGUGUAUAGUCACGAGCCAUAGGUUUAUAUGACUUGAAACCUAGCUGCUUUAGCCUACUGUUUAAUAGUGUAGUCCCCUUUUGCCUGAGCAAGAAGUACGUGUUCAAGUGUAGACAGAAUUUAUUUCAAAGUGUUCAAAUAAAUUCUAGCACCAAGUAAGUUAUGUGUAACAAAACCUAGCCCUGUUUAAAAAAAGUUAUAAUUUAAGACUGUGUUAGUUUGCGCCUCAAAUGGCACUCUAUUCCCUAUACCAACACUAUAUAGGCAUUAGGGUGCCAUUUCAGAUGCACACAUUGUAACUGAGUACAGAAAGUGGAACACUGAGUUCAGUUUCAUACCCUGUGUUUCAAAAGUUUCCUCCCAGGCAGAAAGCUUAUAACCUGGGUGGGUCUGUUUAUGCUCUCCUGCCAACUCCUUCUAGAAUUGUCAUGCCAAAAAUGUUCCAUUUUAGUCAUGCAGCAGACACUCUUAUCCAGAGCAACUUACAUUAGUGAGUUCAUACAUUUUCUCAUACCGGUCCCCUGUGGGAAUCAAACUCACAACCCUGUUGUUGCAAGCGCCCUGCUCUACCAACUGAGCCAUACAGGACUUGACAAUGGCUGCAAUGGAGUUGGCAAAAGGACAAACAGUUCUCGGACCAGGCUUGAAAGCUUAGCCUGUCAGACUGAAACCUUAAGUCCAGGAAGAGUUUUGGUUCACGCAUAAUAUAGUGUCGCUUCUGAUGAUUGAUCGUGGAUUAGAAAGUCAGGAUCUUGUUAGACGGAGGUGGACUUUGAAUUCACAGUCUGAAUUACUAAUGUAUGACAAUCGUUGAAACGGGUGGAAAACAACCGUUAUUUUGAUCAGUCCUAAGUAUUCCUCUAUGAGCUCUUAUAGGAAGCAUACCUUAUGAAGUCUCAUUGGAGACUAUGUAUACUAUACGAGGUCUCUUAGCUGGGUCCGAUGUAUACUGUAUAAGGUGUCUUAGCUGGCUCCUGUACAUUAUGAUGUGUUAGGCCCGAUGUGUGCUCUAUGAAGUCUCAGAGAUGAUCACUGUGCACAAUGAAGUCUCCUAGAGUCCCUUUGUCUGCUCUAUAAAGUCUCAUAGCUGUCAUGUCUAUAGUAGGACUUCAGUGUACAAUCCACUGAUACGCGCCGAUUAUGUUGACAUCAAUUAAGGCAGCCCCCCGCACCUCUCUGAUUCAGUGGGGUUGGGUUAAACGUGGAAGACACAUUUCAGUCAAAUGCAUUCAGUUGUACAACUGACAAGGUACCCCCUUUCCCUUUCCCCUUCCCCUUUCCCCCACUGCGUAGCUAAAUUAAGCUUCAUAGCUGUGUUCUGUACUCUGUGGCACCUCCUAGCUGAUUGCUGUGUAUUUGAGUUAUCUCAGUAUUGUAUGGUGAGGGCUAAUAGAUAAGCUACAUAACAUUGCCAUGAGGCUGACAUAACAGAUGACAUAACAGAUGUCAUUAAGGGUUAUAGCAACAUCACAGACAGAUGUCAUUAGGAGUAAUAACAUACACUACAUGAGCUCGUCGAACAUCUCAUUCCACAAUCAUGGUCUUUAAUAUGGAGUUGGUCCCCCCUU